AUGGCACGGAGCAGAUCCCGUAAAAUUUGUUCGAUCCGUAAACUUUUUAAAGAACACGCUAAAUUCGUCCGCGAAAACCUUAUAUAUGCAGUUUUGGAGGUUGUAUACAGUUCAAAUCGUAAACUGGUCGAACCUUGUCGGAGCAAACGCGUUGCCGCACAACUGGCCGAAAUCUACCUGGAACUCAUCGAAAUCCGUUGCCGCAUGUCAGAAGAAGCCGUCGCACGUCGGAAUUUGUCGCCGUCGGUCCGAAUUGUUGCCAGCUCGACCUCCACUGCCGAGGCGAGGCCGUCCACAGACAGGAUGGAGCAGGCCACCGGCGGCCUGAAUCAGGGCGGGGCGGCAUCAGAGAAGAGCGAGGCAGUGUGGGGGAGCUCGCGCGACCACGACGGAAAACGUACUCACGGCGGCGGGCAGUGUCGAGCUCAAUCGGGGACGGUUAGUGUCAAGCUCAAUCAGGGACGGACGGCGUAG